CUGGAGCGGGUCCAGGUCUGACCGGGCUGGAACUCCGUUCUCCUCUAGUUGUCACGCAAGGACAGGUUCAUUUUCAUGCCAUAUCCCAAUCCUCAGCGUCAGUGUGACCCGGACAUGUUUGUUUGCAGGAGUAGAGGAUGACGUCACAUUCUGCCAAAAAUAAUCCUCAGCAUGGCCCCGCUGAAUUGGCACCCCACAUGCGACCAUACAUCCGUGAUUAGUGCCUCUCCUUUUGGCGGGUCAGACAGGAUGCUCGGAGGUUUUUCACAAACUGCUGAUCCUCUGGGGUUUAAUCCACAGCCAUCUCAAGGAUUUACAGUUAUGUUCCAGAAGUGAAAACAUCCAGCGAGCGUCCCGGGUGUAAAGGCCAGAUGGGUCUGGGACAGACAAUUCUGAGAUAGCAAUAGCAAGAUCACCAGUUUGCACCGGCUCCUGGUGAGGCGCUGAUACCAGCAGCUCAGCCACAUGGCUCCUUCCUGGUUGAACCAAGAGCUCUGACUGGUGGAGGUAUGAUGGUGUGAGUGCUCUUGGGCACUUUGACCCGUCAGUCAUGGUCUGAAUGCCCAGCUUAUCUCUAAGUGAUGAUGCUGACCCUGUUUGACCACAGUCUAACUCUUCUACUGGCUUCUUCCUCCACAUCCCGUCAGUACCCUGAAGACAUCUCAGUCUGAUGGACUCAGAGUUCACUGGGCCCCACACGCUGUCAGCAGUGCAGCCUUUGGCAUGUGUUCAGCGCUGCUGCUAAUGUGUGAUGCCCCUUUGUCAGUGCGCCACAAGAUAGCAUCCCAUUUGAAUUGUAUUUAUUGUGAAUCGCAGCAGCACGUUGAACUCUUUACCACUCCAGCCUCUUGUCUGGGAUCAGCAUGAUUCAUCUUUUACAAAUAUGCACUGUCCAUUACCAGUGUGUGUCUGUGUGAGUGUGUAACUUGAGCAGGUUUUCGCAGGAAACCAUUGAGAUGCAGGAGAUCAGGCGCCACUCAGGCCCCUCCUUUCCAACGCUCACAACUCAUGCUUCCCAGACUGACAUGUUAGGACAUCGACGUGCAGUUUUGCCUGACACAGAUGUGCCUUAUAUGUGCUCUGUCCUCAUGAUGUUGUUUUGUUUGACGAGCAGCAUGGAUGUGACUUUCUUAUUCUUCUUCAAGAGGCUGGAAAAACAAGGCACUCUGUCUGACUGUCUUGUAAUACUCAUGGUGAACUAUGACUUCAACCACGCAGCAAGUUUCCAAGACUUGCAGUUGCAUCAGCAUAAGCGCAUCAUUUAUUUUAGAGGAGAGAACAUUUGUUCUACACAUUAUAUUUCUAUAGGAGCAAUAUUGUUAUGCGGUACAUUAAAAGCUGGUACAGAUUAUCUGGGCAGAUUCACCCUUAACAUUCCACAGACCUAAGGAUUCUCUCAUAGGGAAAUAGUGUUAUAUAGGAUGACACAGUGGAGUUUCAUCCUUGAAUGGGAAGGAGCAAAAUCGAGAUGGAAACAGCCGAAUAAUUGUUAUGUGUGGACUCCUCUAGUUGCAAAGAUAAACAAGGUCUAUUCUGUUAUUCUUCUGUCAAUUGAGUGAUGCACUACUGUCACCGAAGUAAAAUAGCAGGAAAGUGUAUCAGUGGCUUUGACGUCCCACAUGCACAAUUCUGAAUUUUUUCAGCAGCCAGUUAGGGGCCACUUGUGGCCACAGUCCCAUGGUUAUGAACCAUUGUUCUAGGUCACAUGUAGCCAAUGUAAUAACUGAUAUCUCCCAGUGAAAGCCACUCCCACCUACUCAUAAUGCACACUACAAUAGUUGGCACUAUUUGAAAAGUUAACACACGUAAUGUCAGAGUUGCACUUUUGAUUCUGAUACUUCGACAAAUGUCAGUCACGGCCCCAAAAGUACACACACACGCAGCUUCUCCACCCAGGUCUCUGGUGUAAUGUAAUAUAUUAUAAAUAUUGCUUGUUUCUGUUGUGUGCUCGAUUGGUUGGUGGGAACCAAACCUGCACCUCCCCAGACCCUUUGAGGACCAGUGUGUCCACCCCUGAUUUCCUGAUUUUACUUGACUUAACUUUAUGUUUUUAAUUCUAUGCAGUGAUUUAGCCACUAACUCUCGGCACUAUUUCAAAAAGACUCUUGCUGAACUGUGAAUUUCUUAGAUUCUCUGCAAGGACAAAACCAUUUCAACACAGUCUGUCUCCUGUUUAAGUAUUGAAGGCUAUUUUGAUACAGGGAUCUGUGGUUAGUUUCAAAACACAUACAUGGCUCACCGCUGUUAGUUUCUUCAAGCACUAAUAUUCAUCCAUAUACCCAUCCUUCAUCAAAUUCCAUUUUACCACCACCAUUCUUCACAUAUGCCUGUCUGGAAUGCCAAACUUUGUAGGCCAUGAUAUCAACUUGCUUUGUUGGAGCACUUAUGGCCGGAUAAUGUUACUUAGUGGGCCAGAUGUGGCCCCCAAGCCUGAGUUUUACAGACCUGGACUCUUCUGUAAACGUGGGUGGCACCUUCCCUGAGUGGGUGGGGAGUGAUGUAUUCAGUCAUGGUGGUGGAACUGUCAGGUUGUGACUACAUGUCAGUGAUGUCACACCUGCGUCACAUGAUUCCCAGGUGUAGAACAGCCCCAAUAUAACUUACAGAUAUGAAAACUCCAUGUCAGAUUCGCCUCCCCUGACCAUCCAGCGAGGGUUUGAUCACGGCUCGGCAGGCUUCAGCAGCACAUUUCCAGUCCUCACUUCCUCACUUCCUCUGCCACCCACAUGCCAGGCUGCUAAUUAUAGACGCUCCAGUCACCCCAGCAGCUGAAUCAGUGCAAACACACUGAGAUGCUCUUAGAUACUCGCACACAAGCUUUCUGGCCAAACGUCGCUGGGAAGCUCUGUAUCACCUGUUCUGAUCGGCUGAGAGCAGUAUUUUGUGGACCGGAGUGAGACUCAAACACACAGCCAUGUGCUGCACUCUGUACCUGUCUGCUGGCUUGGUGCUGAAGUCAUGAUGGCCCAGAUCUCCUUGUGGUUUGAGCUCAUGUUAAAGGCUCUGCCUGGUCUCCAGUCAUUUUUUGGCAGACAGGACUGUGCGGGACAAAUGCAGGGAUAAAGAUAGUGAUGGAGAAGGAGAGAAAGAGGAGAGAGGAAGUAUUUUAGCAUUUAGCUCUCUGGAGACAUUCGGUCCUUGCUUCUCCUCACGUUCUCCUUACGUUCAUGAAAACUUCAUGAAUGUUUUCUCUCUCUCUUUCCGUCCUUACAGCGAACCACUUAGAGACGAGAGGGAGGGAGGGAGCUGAAGGAGUGUCAGGAGAGGAGGAAGGGAAGGAAGGAGAGAGGAGGAGGGAGAAGAGGAAGAUGAGAAUGAGGAUCAAAGCCAGACAGGAUGAGCAAAGAAUGUAGAGGGAAAAGAGAGGAUGGAGACGAUGAAAGGUGGAGUGUGGUGAUGCUAGUGACAUGGAGAAGAAGGGUGGACAGCGAAUAGCAGGAUGUAAAUGAAGGAAUGAAAGAAAGGAAGAGGUUAGGAGUGGACAGUGCCAAUUAAGAAUGAAGAAGGAAAGGUGUCGGGAAAGUAUGAGGAAAUGCUUGAGAGAACAGAGGAGGGAGCUGGAAAUGGACAGAUGAGCAAAAUGAUUAGAAAAAAAGGAGUGUGGGGAAUGAAAGAGUUGGAGUGUAUAAGGAAAAAGGGAAGAUACGAAGGAAGCGUAAGGUGGAGACAGGAGAGGACGUCAGAGAAGGAGGACAUUUUACAAAAUGAGGACAAAUGGUAGAGAACGAUAAAGAGGACAGGACUGUCACUUAGCAAGUUAAGAAGAAAAAAGUCUUCUUGUGGUGGUGGAGACGAUGGCCUGGUGCAGUAAAGAUGUCCUUCUCACUGCAUCACUUCGUGCCCUUCACUGUGUGUGUGUGUGUGUGUGCGUGUGUUUAGUCAAUAUCCAAUGAGGAGUCAACGGUGUAGCCAGAGGUGAUGGCAGACAGGUGAGGUAAAGGAGGAGAAGGGGGAGAGGGACAUGGAUGCACAACCACCAUGGCCAGGUCUUUCUCUGGCUGCAGGGUGGACGCACCAUGCUUUUUUCUCACCACUCAUGUCUGGGUGUGUGAUCAGAUGUCCUCAUAGAGAGUGCGCACUUACCGACAGUGUGCGUGUGUGAUGGGCAGCACUUAUUAUGGUGUAAUGCAUUCCUCUGCUUCAGACCACAGCUUACACACUGCUGUGAAACCUGAUGCUGUUACCAAACAGGAAGUCCAUCAUCAGGAAAAACAGGUCUGAAGCCAGCCAGCACUGACCUCCAAGACCCUGAAGUGUGACGAGUCACUGUCGCAUACAAGGGACCUUAUCAGGUCCCAAGAUAGCAGCAGAUGAAGACAGUCACUGAAGGACUGGAAGAAGCCCAGAAAUGAACCCUGCUACACAGCGACCAGUGCAGCAGUCUCUGGCUUCCUCCUUGUGCCGGGAGUCCCACUGGAAGUGCCUCCUACUGACCCUCCUCAUGUACGGCUGCUUUGCCACGCUGGCCUGGUGUGCGCUCUGUCGCGUCCCCGUCCUGGGCUCCGCAUCCCUGCACCUGGGCACUGACGAUGACGCUGCAGCAGCCGCUUACUACCAUGACAUCCUUCACCUGGAGAGCCCCUGCUCCAGCGGCUACGUCUACAUUCCGCUGGCCUUCCUGGCCAUGUUGUACGUCGUCUACUUGGUGGAGUGCUGGCACUGCUUCUCAAAGACCGCCAUGCUGGCGAAUGCUGAGUUCCAGGAAGUGUAUGAGCGCGUGCAGAAGCUCCAGCAGGCCACGCCCUGUAUCUGGUGGAAGGCCAUCAGCUACCACUAUGUGAGGAGGACCAGACAGGUGACCAGGUAUCGCAACGGAGACGCUUACACAACCACACAGGUUUACCACGAACGGGUCAACACUCAUGCCUCCAGCUCAGAGUUUGACUACGCCCGCUACGGAGUCAAAGACGUGUCUAAGGAGCUGCUGGACCUGCAGCUGCAUCCUGCUGUCCGGCUGAGAUUCACCAAAUGUUUCAGCUUCUCCAGUGCUCGAGCAGAAGCAGCCUACCUCACCCAGAGGGCGCGCUUCUUUGGUGAGAACGAAGGUUUGGACGACUACAUGGAGGCCAGAGAGGGAAUGCACCUGAAGAAUGUGGACUUCCGUGAGCACAUCCUGGCGUUCCCAGAUCCAACCCACCAGCCCUGGUUUUCCCGUCACAAAGUGUUCUGGCUGGCGUCGGUCCUGCUGCUGUCCUGGCCGCUCCGUGUGGUGUCCGAGUACCGUACCGCCUACGUGCACUACCACGUGGAGAAGCUGUUCGGCGAAGACGAAGAUUCCAGCAACGGCAACGGCCCAGCAGGAGGCGGGCGAGGGGAGGGUACCGAGGGUGGCACUGAGAACGGCGUCCACUCGGGUGGUGUGGUGAUCGGACUGAACGGCUCCAGUUACCGGGCCAUUUCCCGGGUCAACACGGUGGACAUGACGGAGCUGGAGUGGCACAUUCGCUGCAACCAGCAGAUGGUGCCCAGUUAUUCAGAGGCUCUUCUCAUGGACUUGGACAAUGGUGGGGGGACCAACAACGCGGCUGUCACGCCUGUCUCCGGGCCACCAGGCGGCCUGAACCCAGAGCUGGCCCGACCUCCACUGGCCCUGCCUGUGGUUCUCAACUCUGCCUACCUGCUGCAGAGCUGCCCGCGCUGCAGACGGACCACCUCCAGCUCCAGUCUGCCGUCCAGACUCAGAGCGCCGAUGGGGACCACCGCACUCCUGAACGCCACCGUGGCUGGGAUCAGAGCUGCCGGGCAAGGUGGCGGAACCAUUGGUGGGAGGCUGGUGCUGAGCAGGAGCGGCUUCUCACUAGGGAGACUUGGAGGCGUGAGACAGAACAGUCUGUUUCACUCACGCAGCAUGGGAGGGGGCCUGGCAGGGAGCAGGGAAGAAGGAACAGGAAGUGGAGCAGAGAGAGGAAGUGGUGGAGGAUUUCUGGGAUUAGGAAGUCGACAGGAUAAUGAGGAGACAAGAGGAGUGCUGGAGGGAGAAGGUGAUGAUGAUGAGGAGGAGGAGGAGGAGGAGCAGCUGGAGGAGGUCAGGAGGAGAGAGGCCAGAGACAGAGGGGGAGAGACAGAGCAAGACGGAGAAGCGGCUGGAGAAGCAAGAGAGGGAGAGCGGGAUCGGCCUCCAUCUUACCAGGAUGCUUUCUUCUUCCCGGUGCUCAUCAUCCACGGAGACGAGAGCUGCCAUGCUGGUGACGCCGUGUGACUGAGAGGAUGGAGGACGGCAGAGGGAUUCAAAUGAAACGCCGGCAUGAAUAGGAGUUGUCCAGAGAGAAGCCUGGCCAGGAUCACUCCUGGCCAGCCGAAGGGCGUCAUUCACCAAAACCUGGAAGGCUUGAGAUGCAUCUAUGCAGGACGGGACACGUUGGUCAGCAGAGCAGGCCGCUGACCAGGAGGUCUGACGCUGUCCAAGGGCUCCUGAGCGGAACACUGACAGAGACAGAAAUCUAUAAAGCGUAGCAAGACAUAAAAACUCCAUUAGGUUAACACUGACAGAUCAAGAGGAGCGACCAGCAGGUGGAGCCGCAGGUGAUCAGUGUCAGUGACAUGGUCCAGUCUGACUCAUGUCAGAUGCUGUCUCAAUCCAGUGGUCAUUUCUAUUAAAAUUCGAGGUUUGUUCUAACAACAAGUUCAAGUCAGUGCCGCGUCACAUGUGGCGUUGUGGUUUAAAUCGUGAUAUGACUGUAAAGGCCCACACACUGGUCCAUCCUCUUCCACUGUCGGCAGUUAACAAACCGACACAUGCAUGUGACAUAAUAACAGCUAGUUCCUGAAGCUGCUGAGUAUCUGUAGCAUCAACACGUAUUUUAGAGUCAUGAAGACAAGUUGUUGACUCUGCGGAGGACAAGGCCACUCUGACAAAAGCACAUUUGCCUUGGAUCACGUACCGCAACCCAGAGGUCGCUGUAGCGCCCUCUAGUGGAGGAAUGGAGCAGACACGGUGGAGAAGAAGCACAUGAAAACUGGACAGUGGAAACACGUGAACUAGGAACUGAAACUGGACGCUUGUUUGCACACACACACACACACACACGAAAACCCAGUAUGUAGACAUUAUCAGCUUAAACCACUUUGCAGGCAUGGAUAGAAAAAGAAAACAGAAAUGCACACACUCUCAGUGUGAACACGUCUGCACACAACCUCAUUUAACCUCACACAGCCACGUGAACACACUCACUGCUUCCACUCUGGACUAGUGAGUGAAGACACCGAGGCGAAAUAAACCAUGAAUGUUUCUUGUUAAACACAGAAGACCGACGUAACUCCACGAUUAUGUCUACAGCCAUUGUCGUCCGCCUUCAGGCUACAGUUGUCUUCACCCAGUCAAGCAAGGUGUCUUUCUUUUUCAACAUUUUUACAACAGCUUCCAGAAAUGAUCUUGAUUGUAGAGACAUUUCUACUUUUGCACACUAUUUUUUGUCUGAAGGUUUUGCAAGGAAACCUGAGUUGAUGCUUUAUUUGAAAUCAUUCUGUUUUUAUACAUUUUUAUUUUUCAUUGCUCUGUAAUGUGUUGCUUGAGGUGAAAACACAUCCACGAUGUCUCACUCUCUCUCACACACACACACGCACAUGUGCACGCUCACGUGCUCUCAGCUGAUUUUAACCACCAGUUUGCUUCACUCACUCACUCACUGAAGCAUGAAAGUGUCCUGAAGUUGCCUUCACAGCCACCACUGCUGCUGCUGCUCAACCUUCUCAGGAUUUAUGUUGAUCUCACACGUACAGUAAAGACACGCCUGCAUACGUUCAGUUGUCAUGUGAGCUGCACAAACACCUUCACACCUGCCCAACACACAAGUGUGUAUCCUCAUAUAAACACUAUACAGUCGUGACACACAUAUAGAAACAGUCGCACUCAGUUUUUUAGGAAUAAAAAUAAAGACCGAUCUAUUUUUUCCUGUCUUAUUAAUCCAGCUACUACUGAGGAACCCAGAGAUCCUCAUGCCAUAGUAGAGCUAGAACCACUUCUGCUCAUAUCUGUUUCUUCCAGUGACCAGAACCCACAUAAACAAUCCAGAGUCUCUGUUGUAGCUCGAAUAGGUCCCAGAUAGCACAGGGCUGGUAAAACCACAGCUUUACAGAGGGCUUUCUAGUAUCUGUACAGUGACCAGGCUCAACAUAGAGAUCAGCAGUUCCGACUCUCCCCCACUAGAUGGCAACAUAUCAACCUUUUCUGAGCAGUUUAACGUCUAACCACAGAGGGUUCACUCGAGGUCACUGAUGGACGUGUAAUCCAGCAGUUACAGUGCACUGCGGGUCUAGUGUUAUGAGCUGGUCAUGUCAGGAUCCUGACUUCGUUAUCAUCCACUCUUAUCCUCAACUUCACUUAGAUUAGCCCAGGGGUCCUCACUGGGUGCUGCAGGUUUUUGUUUUGACCAGUCACAGGUGUGUGAAGACUGCAAUGAGUUGACAGUUAAUCUCACCUGGUUGGUUAAUGUGUGAGCCCCAUUGGUCAGAAGAAAAACCCGCCCCUGGAUUUGUUCAUUGUUUGCUAGAUUAAACGACUAACGUCGACUACUAACUGUGCUGUGCCAGGCUCUAAUGCACUGUUGUAGAGUCUAGUGCGUCACCAGGCCCCCUGCCUCCCUCCCCCCAAUCACACACACACUUCUGAAUCCAUCAGUCACUGAGAUGCUCCACUGUAUGUAGACUGGUUCACUGUUACGCGCCCACAACCAACCUGUACUGACUCGUAUAACCUUCACACACACUCACAUGCCCAGCAAUCGCUUCAUCCAAAUCGAAACGAUAAACUAAAGCAACUCUGAGUACUUGACUGUUGUUCCAUCAGGGGGGCAGCAGAGCGAGCGUCAUCACAGUCUAGUAUGAAACCAGGUAGUUCGCCUGAAGGGGGCGCUUCGGCCCUACUGAGGGCGCGUGUACUUCGCAACUGUCACUCUGAAUGUGUUGCUGAGCAAUAAUCUGUGCUUUCUGUCCGACUCCGUCGCAGCUGUUGUGAACGGACAGUGUGAAGUUUCACCUCAUGUCCUCACUGUGUCGGUGGUUCUCCUGUGUGGGUCCAAGUUGUGCUGUAAACUGGCUCACAAGAAUAUAUGAACACAUUAAAUGUUUUUAGGUGGAACAAG